AUGACGGCGGGAGGGCCGGCGUUGACCUUCGCCGCCGCCGCCGCCGGGGGGCGGAGGGAGCGGGUACAGGGUUGCCAGAACUCCUCUGCGUUGGUUGUUCCUGCUGCUGUGGUGGUACCUCCUGGAUGGGGGGGGGGGGGUUUCUUGACGUAGAAAGGUCGGCGCUACAGUGGUCUAUCUAGCAGAUAUGCCUUUGCUGUUUCUGAGAUGAAGAACAUGACUCGAUGUUUCUAUUUAAGGACUUUGAUUCUGCUUUAUUUGGAAAGCCGGCCGGCGGAGGAAUACGGUGUGGUGGGGUGUCGAGUGGAGCGGAUUGGCAGCGGCCGGAUCUCCGGAGGGUGGCUGAGUUGACCUCGUUCGUGGUUGGCCGAUUGGAGCUUGCCACGCGACAUUCCCACGCUCACCCACAUGGCUCUCUCUCUCUCUCACGACCUUCUACAGUGGGCCCAGCCCAAGUAGAAGGUCGGAGUCACUAUUCUUGCCACGUGCCCAUUUACGAUCACCAACUCUCUCUCUCUCUCUCUCACACACACACACAUGCCCAGACUGGAUGGAGUGGGUCCAACCCAUGUACAGGGUCAGAAUAGCUCUUCUUGCCACAUGCCUAUUCUACGAUCACCAACUUCUCUGUCUCUCUCUCUCUCUCUCUCUCAUGGCUGGUCAUCAGAAGCACCGAGCCAUAUUUUCUCUCGGGCGAGGUGGAAUAUUGUGAUGAACUGGAAGACCUACCUAAAUCGAACCGGGCAGGGCCUUGGGACUGUGAACCCAUUUCAAUUUCGUCACCCUUCUCGAGGAUUUGCCGUCAGAUCAAACAGGGUUUGACCUUUCUUCCUUCUUUGCCGCAUGCUGUUCAUGUGGCCUCGGGAUUCCCGCUCUCACCCCCUCCCGUUGACUUCUACCGCUUUGUUUAUCCUCGAUACCGGGCUGGAUGCACGUGACCUAACAUUCCGCCGCAGCUCACUUGAGUUGUAGGCUUGAAUUUCUUCGCUGGCAAGGUUUUUCACUCUCUCUCUCUCUGUGAUGGUUUACGUAUGGAAAGAAGAACGUAUCAUGGGGGAAGAGAAAAUAAAUGCGAAGAGCGGACUCACAUAACAGAGGGGAUCGAAUCUGAAGGAAGCGAGGAGUGAGCCGCUGUCCCAUGGGAUCCAGUGGGGAGACUGCAGGUGUAGAAGAGACGUUGACUCUCAGAGGUAUGGGAGUCAACGGUGCAGGUAAGUCCUUUAAAGGCACGAGAGAUGGUGGGAGAGAGAGAGAGAGAGAGGAGCUGGGUUUUAGGAGCUCGUCUUCCCUCUCCUGUCUUAUGGAAGUUGAGGGCGGUCAUUAAAGAAGAAAGAAAAACUAAGGCUCCGCGGGGGGCAUUGAAGAGCCCCACGUGCUUGAUCCAUGGAAUUAUGCAACAACUAGAGAGAGAGGGAGAGAGAGAGAGAGAGAGAGAGAGAGAGAGAGAGAGAGAGAGAGGAAUACUUCUGAUCUCUCUUCGGUUAUCCUCUCUGUUAUUCUGUUCACUCUUCAACUCUCGCUCUCUCUCUGUGUCACUUACUCUCAUUCCGUCUUCUCGUCAACACUCUCAUUCCGUCUGCUGAUUCAUGGCAGCUGACGGAACCCUAAUCCUAAAAUAGCAUUAAAAACGUACCCUAGGCAAGUGCCCUCUCGUGAUCACUCACAGACACAGCCUGGUUGCUUCCGUUCUCCACUUCUCUCUUCUCCUAUAUAGCCGCAGACUCCAUACGUACUCUAGGGGAGGGAGAGAGAGAGAGAGAGAGAGGAAUAGGAAGAAGAAGAAGAAGAAGAAGAAGAAGAAGAAGAAGAAGAAGAAGAAGAAGAAGAAGAAGAAGAAGAAGAAGAAGAAGAAGAAGAAGAAGAAGAAGAAGAAGAAGAAGAAGACACUCCCUCUCUCUCUCUCUCUCUCUCGCGUCAAUGA